AGAGCUCUCAGUCAUCGUGAAAGAGCUCUCAGUCAGUCAGUCGUCGUUGGUUCUAGUGAGAGAAGCUCCCGCUUCUCUCUAGACUCCGGCGAACAUGCAUUUAUCUGAGCAUCCACUCACGGUGAGGCGAGGGCAAGGUUGCGUGCAGGAUCUUCUCUGGCUAACCAUUGGCAGCAAGUGGAGUUGGGUCUCGUUGCCAUCGCCCUUACUGGUACCGACGCUGAGGCUGCCGACAGUAAACUCUCCACUCCACUCUUCCGGUGAGCAACGAGUGUGGGGUGGACCACAGCCGGCCGGAGCUUAGUUGUCUUUAGGGAGUCACUGGUCUUGCCGGUUUGUCAACCUUUCAACACGCGCAGCUGUCUCCUGUUGAAGGGGCGAUGGACUCCUGUUGAAGCGCAGCUGACCAAGGAGCGACUAUAACCUGGCUGGUGCUGGCAUGGUGAACGCGGGCAAGUAUUCGGGCAGCACAUAGUCGGAAAUCCAACGUACAGACGGAUUCACACAUCGUGGAGGGGAAAUAGGCUGCCGGAGCUGGAGAAGAUAGCUGGGGACCGGUGACGCAAGCUAGGAGAAGAUAGAAGCUUGUGGUCCGUCACCAGAGGCGCUGGAGGGCCGCGUGGAGUGUGGCUGGAGAGCUGUAAUCGUCGGCGCUAGCAGCAGGGAGGAACACGACAACAGUGUGUGGAAGGUUCUCGGCGCAAGGCGACACGUGCGACGAUUUCGGAACACGACAAAUUGCUGUGCUGCGGUGCCCUCAGUUGGAACGUUCGAGAAGCAGGGUUGACGUGGCAGCACAUCUCCUUUGAACUCAGUGCCGGAUUGGAAUUGAGGGUACGCGGGUUAACUGCAUGCGAGAUCCACAACCCGCUAAGCAUAAGUUGCUACAGUGCAUGAUGUCUAGGAAUGCGACCACUGGUGUGGGGAGGAAGAAAAAAUGUAGGUGGGAACCUCUUCCGUUUGGCACAGGCCUUCCCUUGGACACAAGGUACACUGCUCAACGGGUGGCACUCCAAGAGCAACUUCAUAAAGAUGUAGAAGACGUAGGACUGCAAGGAACAUCACACCCGACUGCACUUACUGGCCCUAAGGAUUCUCAUGGACCACAUACAAGAAGCCAUAGGCCAGUUGAAAUUGCGCAUCUCCCCCCUGAAUUAUAUCGGAUUGAAACUACCACUGCACUUGAUAAAGGUAAACAAAUCUGUGAGGAAGACACCUGUGGCACUGUGCAGCAACCUCAACCUUCUGCAGAGCUAAUGGGGACAGGUGCACACCAUCUGGACCUACAUGAAGGCCGAGUUCAGUCAGCAGCAGGAAAUGGCGUGGGUAGACCAUCAACAGCUGUGAGAAAUCGUCGAUGGGUUGAUUUGUUCACUAAGAACAGAGCAUGCUCAGAGGACACAGCACUGAGGAAGAUCGAGCAGUGUGGUGGUGACACCAUUCUUACAAGGGAAGACAAAGAACCUCUGGAGAACACAAUCGGCCAUUGCUUAAUCGGGAGGUUCCUCGGACGGUUUCCUGGAUGGAGAGGAGUCCAAGCUCUCAGGCACCGAUGGAAUUCACCACACAAAUUAUUAACUCAUGACAACCUGUGGCUAGUUUUCAAAUUCAACUCCAAGGAGCAGUGUGACGCUAUUUUAAAAGGAGGGCCAUACAUUGUCCACAACAGCCCACUUUUCCUCAAGGCUAUGCCUGAAGCUUUUACAUUCAAACUGGAGACACAAACGCUAAUGCCCCUGUGGAUGCAAAUCUAUGGCUUGCCCGUUGAUUUUUGGUCGACCACUGGCUUAAGCAAAAUCGUGUCACAAGUAGGCACUCCGCUGUACACUGACCUCUUUACCAAAACGAGACGACGCGUCACUUUUGCGAGAGCACUAGUGGAGGUAGAUAUCACAAAAGAGCUGCCAAGCACUACAACGGUUGUUCUUCCGGAUGGACAAAGGGAAGUAUUGCCUCUGCGUUUUGAAACAGUCCUAAAAUUCUGCUCCCACUGCCGGAAUUUAGGGCACUAUAGGCCGUGUUGUCCCCUCGCACCAAGUCAUGGAAAUCAGGCAGAAUGUGCUGGUCAGGCGUCCAAAAGAACAAUCUUACCUCGACCUGAAUCAAACUUGGGAAUGCACACUGCUGGGCAGCAACUUGCAGGUUCUACUUCAAUUUCAGAGAAGUCACUCUCAGCUCUUGCCACUGUUCAGAGGGAGUCAGUUUCAGGUCCAGUGCAGAAUGUUACAGCAAUUCAAGAUUCUGGGAUCUUAGUGCCAACACAGCAAUGUCCGCAAUCUGUAGUAUCAGGGCAAGCAGAUAUCCUAGCAAUCUCGGUUUCAGAUCCAGCUCCUCUGAUUUCAGCUCCAGAAAACGCAGUUUUGGACUCAGCUCCACUGAUUUCAGCUUCAGACAAAGUAGUUCCAGAUUCAGCUCCAUUAAUUUCAGCUGUGGGCAAUGCAAUUUCAGCUUCAGCUUCGUUGAUUUCAACUUCCGGCAAUGCAGGUCCAGGCGCAGGGGCGUAUACUGCUGUCCAAGGAAUUACAACUCCACAGGGAUCCAGUUCAGGCAUUGUCACUAUCCAAGGAAUUGUAGGAUCAGAUAUAAGCACUGGUAUUCAGAAUAUUGCAGGUUCCUCAAGUGGCACUCUCAUUGAACUCAUUCCGGAUUCAACAAUACUCCCAACUGGCACUUCUUCACUGAGAUUGACAAAGGCCAUGCAUGCUGCUGAUGGGGGCGCAGCAGCAACUGCAAAUGCAGCUGGGCACGUAUCAGUGUUAGCUGAGGCAGUUUCCACAGCAGAACAGCCAUUCCCAGGGCCAGACUCUGCAACGUUGAUCACAAAUUCUGGGCUUACAGCACCACCGUGUAACUCACAAGCUGCAGCACAAGGGGACUUGGGCGACCAGGCAAUUACAGAUUCCAUUCCAGCUCCUCAUGAAUUACACGUUCAUAGUGUUGCAGGUUCAGAAUUGAACGCUGUUGUCACAGAGAAUGUGAUGACAGUAAACCAAUCACAGCUGGGGGUCUCAGAUGGUCAACACAUUACAGCACAGUCAACAAUUGCAAUUUCGAGAACCACACAGUCACUUCCUGCUAUCUCUAAAGAUCCAGAAUCAGUGUUGAAUAAAGGCGCCGUCCAAAUUUCUGCACAACCGGGAGUUAUGAAUUUCGAACCUGCACAAACAGAUUCUACAUAUUCAGCAGCUGCACAUACAGAUUCAGCACAUUCCAGAUCAACGGAACCUUCUCUCACAGCACCAGAGCAAGCAGCAGGAAACGUGAACACAGUUUCUGACUUAUCACUCCAAACCACAGAUUCAGAAAUGAACUCUGAGCCUGAUUUGUAUUGCAGUUCAGAAUUAGAAUUUGACAAAAUCACAGGAAACUCAGAUUCAGCAACAAGUUCAACGGAGGAUUCAGAUUCAGAUGCAGCUGGGAAAUACAAAGUGCGACGACAGGACCACCUGAACUCACCAGUCAUGCCUGGAGCCAUAAACGAAAUUGCAGCCAAAAUCAAAUAG